GUGAUGAAUACUCCCUUUCAUAUCUCUGCUUCUCCUCCAAACAAUUUUUAGAAAACUCGAUAAGUGUACAUCAAGGGGGAGAGAGGAAAAACAAAACGAUUAUCUCUCCAAAUAAUUGAUUUACGGUCUCACCGGAUUCGGAGUUUUGCAUGAUACGGUGCCUAUUCCAUCACGGAUGGGAAAGCACAAAUCGGUUGCGACGGCCAAACUAAUCUUCCUAGACGGCGCGAUUCAAGUGUACUCAUCCCCGGUAAAGGUCUCGCACAUACUGAAUCAGAACCCGGCCUGUUUCAUUUGUCAUUCGGAUCACAUGGAAUUCGAUGAAUUUGUUUCGGCCGUUGAUGUUGAUGACGAGCUUCAGAUGGGUCACCUGUAUUUCGCUCUGCCAGUGAGUUGGUUGGCUCAGCCGCUGCAGGCGGAGGAUAUGGCGGCGUUGGCCGUCAAAGCGAGUCUCGCUUUUCCAAACAGUCAUGAUGGUGGUGGUGGUGAGAUUAAGUGUGGGUGUUGUUUUGGUAGACCUAGGGUGGAUGAUGAUCAGCAGGAUCGUUUGUUGUUUUCUGGUGAGAAAUAUGUGAGUACAUCAAGAAGAAAGGUUGUUGCCGUCGGUGGCGAAGGCGGUGGAUUGGUUCAGGAGAUAAGCAGUAGGGGUUGUCCUAGUAGUCAUGGCAGAAAGUUGAGUAUGAUACCGGAAGAUCAAGGCUCGUUUGGAACGUCGUCUUUAGAUGAAGGCUCGUUUAGAACGCCGUCUUUGUAGUUUUUUUUUUUUUUUUUUUUAAAUCUUGAUGAUUCUGGACGCAAUAUAUAUAAAGCUAGUAAUAGGGUAUUGAGAGUUUCUGAAAAUAGAAAAUCACAUACCGCGGUGCUACUGGUACUUGAUAGUUGAUUCGUAACUUAGCUUUUAAUUAA